CAGCUUUUCUACACAGGCAAAACUAGUUACGCAAUUUACUAGCUAAACCAGCGGAGGGCGACAAAGUAUCACUAGUCAGGUUUAAUUUCCUGAUUUAUUUUCUUUAAACUCUAGUAUUUAAGAGUAAUUUGUCAGUUCAAAACAAUUUGGCAUCAACAGUCGGUUUUUAUAACCCUGUUUUAGCUUUGUUAUGUUAUAAUUGAGCCGUUGGAACCGUUAAGUGAGUCAUACCCUCACUGUUUUAUCCUUAUGUGUGUGUAAUUAUGUCUGUAUGUGGUUAAGACAAACGUAGUUUAAGGCAUAAAUGUUAUUUUGUGGUUUUGUAAGUGAAAAAAAAGAAAGAAACAGUCAGAAUAAUCUCUAAAGAUUGAUGGUAAACAGUCAUCAGAGCUACUUCCUGAGUUUAGGGAAGGGGCUUGGUCGCGAGCCUGCGCCUCGCGAACGCGCAUAAAAUUAGCAUCGAUGAAGUUUGUGCGAACAUGGCGGAUUUCCUGCCGACCAGGUCCGCGUUAAAAGUUUUUCUACCCGUCUGCCUGCUCAAUAGCGGCGAAGUUGACCAGCUCCGAAAGUCCAAGGAGAUCGACAGAUGUCUCUCCCGGGAGAAAACGUACGUGAAGCGGCUGGUGAAGAUCCUGCUGCUCGGCGCUGGCGAGAGCGGCAAGUCGACUUUCCUCAAACAAAUGCGGAUCAUCCACGGCCAGGACUUCGACCAGCGAGACCGAGAGGACUUCACAGGCACUAUUUACAGCAAUGUUAUCAAAGGUGUACGAGUGUUGGUGGACGCCCGGGAGAAGCUGCACAUCCCCUGGGGUGACCCGGACAACCAGCAGCACGGGGACAGCCUGAUGGCGUUCGACACGCGAUCGGCAAAGAUGGCGAGCGGGCACCUGGAGACGCCGGUGUUCUUGCAGUAUUUGCCCGCCAUCAAAGCUCUGUGGGAAGACAUGGGGAUACAGAAUGCAUACGAUCGCCGCAGGGAGUUCCAGCUGGGUGAGUCAGUGAAGUAUUUCUUGGAUAAUCUGGAUAAGCUCGGCGAGCCGAGUUAUCUCCCCACUCAACAGGACAUCCUGCUCGCCCGUAAACCCACGAAAGGCAUCCACGAGUAUGACUUUGAGAUCAAGAACGUUCCGUUCAAGAUGGUGGACGUGGGCGGGCAGCGGUCGGAGCGAAGGCGCUGGUUCGAGUGCUUUGACUCGGUCACCUCCAUCCUCUUCCUCGUUUCCUCCUCUGAAUACGACCAGGUGUUGAUGGAGGACAGGCAGACAAACCGACUGCGCGAGUCCCUGAACAUCUUCGAGACCAUCGUCAACAACCGCGUCUUCGCCAACGUCUCCAUCAUCCUCUUCCUCAACAAGACGGACCUGCUGGAGGAGAAGGUGAAGAACGUUGCGCUCAAGGACUACUUUCCCGAAUACUCCGGGCAGGAACACAACCUGUCUGACAUCCAGGCGUUCAUGGUGGAGUGUUUCCGGGCUAAGCGACGCGACGCCACCCAGAAGCCCCUGUACCACCACUUCACCACGGCCAUCAACACGGAGAACAUCCGGCUGGUGUUCCGCGACGUCAAGGACACCAUCCUGCACGACAACCUCAAACAGCUCAUGCUCCAAUGACCCCUGUCCACCUGUGAAUGUAGAGGACCUGAACGGGGACAAACCACCCUCUUUGCUCCUGACGAGGACGUGGGAGAGACCAGCCUCAGAGGAAUCCGAUAGACGUCAGCAUUCUUCUCCAGCCGUUUUUAUAUUAGUUUUUAGUCUCCUCCUUGAAGAGUUGGCCUUCUUGUUAGUCCAGGGUUUGGUAAGGGGACGAGUCAGUAGGACAGACUGCCUGCAGUUAUAAAGAAAGACGUGCAGGUGGUUUGGAUGUUAAAAAAACAUCUGAUCUCUGCUGCUCUGUCCUGAGACUCUCUCCUCUGGCCCGAGCACUGAGACACACCAGGGCAUUUCAACUCUCAAGGUGCCGGUGCUGGCAGCGAUGCCAGAGCCUGGCUGUGGAAACCAGCAGAACAUUUUACACAGGGGCAGACAGUUUCUAGACCAGAUCUACAACAAAUACAGGAAUGCUGAAAACUUUGUUUUUGCAUGUUAGCAAACAACAGAGGUAAAGAGUCAAAGUGACUUAAAGUUGCCAGUCUGUGUCUAAGCACUGAAUUCAUUUGAUCCAAAAAUCACUCCAUUAUUUCUGCUUUGUGAGCUUCGUCGUUUUAAAGCCCCUGUACGUUAUAGAAGGGUUUUUCAAUUUGUUGAUUAUCCAGAGACUGCACACGUUUUUUUGUUUUUCUUUCAUAUUGCACACAAUUCCUGCCUCUCCCAAUCAAAGUCAUCUUUUUUUUUACUGGUUUCAGAUCAGCAGUGUUUUUUUCUGGGACAAAGAACAGGUAACUGACGCCGAUCCUGCUCACGAUGUUUAAAGAUUUGGUGCAGAGAGCGGCUCCAGCACUGGCACCUUGUUGGAAAGAAAAAAAAAUAGCUAGGAAUAGGGCACAACCACCAGACUGAACCCACAAUGCCUUUCAUUAUGAUGUCUUAAGGAGACCUAAUCACUGUUUCUAUCCUGCGUUUGUGCCUGUGUCAAUCUUAGCUGCCUUUAACCAUAAUUAAUAUGCAAGUUGUCCUUUAUUCUAUGUUUGGUUGUUUAUAGGAAAUACUUACCUUUUGUUGGCACAUUAGGCAGGUGUGCCCGCACGUGAACAUGCAGUCCACUGUUUUCUCAGGGUUGAAUCCAAACCAGCGUUAAUGCUGAUGUCAUUGUUGGUGAAAUAACUGAAUAAUCUGAUUUUUAUCUGGGUGGCAGAGCGGUGAGACUCAGUCAGGCCUUCGUACAGUUAGCUGGGUGGCGUUUGGUACUGUAUCCUCCUGGCUUUGACCCCUGAACGUGGACCCAGAACCCCCCCCCUCUUUCCUAUUAUUUUUCAUCUCUGAUUAGAUGCCUUGUAAAGGGACACACACAUCCGUUUGCCGGAAUGAUGAAUGUCUGUUUAUAGAUGUACAGAAAUUUACUCUAGAUUAUCUGAAAAUACUGUAACCAGCAAUGAUACGGUGACAUGUAAACUGUCCUGUGAGAAUAUCUGUGUUGGCACUGAGAUGUAACUCCAGGUGUCUCUAAAAAUUAACUUGUUCUAUUUAGGCGUUCCCUUUAAAUAAUAAUGUUUGAAUUUGUCAGAAAAUGUUGAUGAAAAAGCCACUGGAGUUAAAUACUUUGUGUUUUCUGUUGGGGGGCCAAUCUUUGUUAGAGGACAACUUCCAAGCACUGUUCAAAUCUGUGUUUCUCAGCCAGAUCACCCCGUGCUUUCUUGAAACCGUCACAUCGACAGUCUGUAGUUUCUCUCCAGAAAUAAAGCUCACGUGAGCUUCAGUUUGCUUCCAGCCCAGGCUUUGUACAUACUGCAAUCUGUUGCCAUGUAAAUAAUAUUCAGGUUUAACUCCAUAUAUGUAAAUGGUUGUAGAAACAACAUUUUUUUUCCCCCAAUCUGAAUGUGUUUCAAAUCAGUGCUUUUCCAAUGAAGAUGACUUUUUGAUGUAGAUGUAUUUUGUGUAAUUUUUUUCCCAUCACCUUGUUGAAAAUCAUUCCUGUGCCAAGUCUCAUGCCACUCUAACCCUAUCAAUAAAAUACACUUUUCUAAUGACAAA